AUGAAGCUUUCCGUGGCAACCGUCGCUUCCCUAGUCUUAGCCUUCGUCGCUGGCACGGCCGGCGCCGUCACGUUCGAGGUGACGAACAACGCGUCGACUACCCCCGGCGGCCAGCGCUUCGACGUGGAGUACGGCGCGGACUACGCGAGGCAGGUCCUUUCGGAAGCCGCCUCCUUCAUCUGGAACGUCUUCAACCAGACGGGCGCCCGCGAGGCCGACCGCAGGCCAGUCGACGGCGGCGGCGCCGUCACCCUCGUCGUCGUGGACGACACGGACGGCGGCAUCGCCUCCACCAGCGGCAGCGCCGCGACCCACGUCUGGCAGUGGGGUCUCCAGGACUACGCGGCGCACUGGUGGGUCUUCGAGGGGGUCGCCGACUUUGUCAGGCUCAAGGCCGGGUACGCGUCGGCGCACUGGGUGGCGCCGGGGCAGGGGCGCAGCUGGGACGGAGGUUACGACGUGACGGCAAGGUUCCUGGACUACUGCGACUCGGUGAUCAAGCCCGGGUUCGUCGGGGAGCUCAACGGCAAGAUGAAGGACAGCGGGUACAGCGACGGCUACUUCGUGGAGAUCCUGGGUAAGAGCGUGCAGGACCUGUGGAACGACUACAAAGCCAAGUACGGGGGCUGA